AUGAGUGAUGAGGCUUUGCGCGCCGUGAGUGUCAACCCUGUAACAUACCACCCAGUCCGAGCGGAGACACAGAACGCUAAUUAUCCUAGUGUGACCUUUGUCACUCAAGAAAGUACUUCAAGAAGCCUGAGCCCUGUCAAUGGAGCAGCACAUGGUGACGAAGAAAGGCAUUCAAAGAAGCGGAAGGUCGACCCUGUCUCCAAUCUUCAAGAUGUGUCGAGGUCUCCUCACAGCAGCUGUACCGUUGUCACCCCAGAUGAAUCAACACACCAUGCCGAGCAGGCCCGAGCAGUCUUUCAGGGCGAGCUCGAAGGUAAUGAAAGCAUGGAUCGUGAGCGACAGUCUAUUUUGAGGUCUGCCUUGGACUUUGUGAAUACCAUGGCGCAAAACAGAGCCUCCAACAUCGACGAAGGUCUUCCAUCGGAAAUAGCCCCGGAUGGCUGUGAGAAUCCUGCACAAUUCACUCCCCCUUCGCCCGAAAUAUGCUUUAUGCUUCUUCGAGAACCUACGUCUGCAGCUGGGGCGCUGAACGUACAAUGGCCGGAUCAUAUUUCCCAGAAAACCCUGGAGAAGAUGGUAGCUGUUCUGGUCAACAGCCAUUCUCAAGGCCAGACCUUCUAUCAUUAUUGCAUUUGCAUCUAUGUCAAGGCCAUUUUCCACCUAGCCCAAAUGCCAAGGGCGUAUAAAGACCCCAUUCUCAACCAGCAAUUUCUCAAUUCCAAAAGAUCAUACGAAGCUUCGGCAAUUAUUGCCUUGAGAAACCUCAAUUUUUUGAGUAGCCCGAGUCUCUCUUUCGUUCAGUCACUCAUAUCUGCGGCUUUUUUGAUGCAAUAUACCGGAAAUAUGAAACAAGCCUGGGUCAUUAAUUCAUAUGCCGCUCGUCAGAUUGUUGCUUUGAAAUAUCACGAAAUUGGAAAUCCCGUUCAGAGAUCAGAUUUGAAUGACGAAAUCCACAGCUCCCUGUAUUGGUGCUACUAUCUCGACCGCACGCUCAGCGCUCUUCUCCUCCGCCCUUUGUCAUUACCCGAGCCGCAAAUCUCUCCUGCGGACCUCAUCGUUCCAGAUAAAUCUCUACCUCAUAUGCCGCUCAUACGAAUAUUGCUCGAAUUAGCGCAAAUACAAGGCGAUCUUUCGAACUGUGGAAAAGCAGAUAAUACCCAUCAAAUACUUGCCAAUCACUCGAAACUGCAGGACAAAAUGGAAUCCAUCAAGUCAAGACUGCAAUCUACGCGCCAAUCUGUCGAUGAUUUUUUAUCCUGUGAUUGGGUUGCCGGCGAGUUUUGUUAUUACGCAAUCCUGGUGGAUAUCUUACGCUCACGAUUGAAGUUCGCAUUCUCCCCUUUAACACAUAAAGAAUGCGUAUCAUACGCUCGCAAGUCUCUGAAAGCACUUCAGUAUUUGCAGAAGAAUCCAUCCAAGAGUCCAGGUUUUGUUGAUCCAUACCCGACAUUCUUGACAUGGACUAUCUUUCUCUACCCUCUGAGUCCAUUUUUUGUUCUGUUUUGCAACAUCAUCGGGGAGCUUGAUCGAGACGACUAUAACCUAAUCGAAGAGAUAACCCAAAGCUUGGCUCCGUUCGUCGCAAGCCCAUACAUCUCAAAGCUGUUGAGGCUCUUGGGAUCGCUUCAGAAUUUCUGCACCCCGUUGAUUCAAGCCAAGGAGCGUUUGGGACCGAGAACUAAAGUUGCGUCAUGGUAUCCAUCGAUGACGGGAGCACUACCGAAUACCUCGGCAGCCAUCAAUGGCAGCAGCUAUCCGAUGAAUAUCACCUCAUACCCAGAUUCGGUUCCAUCCGCGAUGUCACAGAUGCAAACUCAACCGUCCGGAGAUCAGGCUUACCCGCCGACGGACGAGCUCAUGUGGCAUUUGUUUAAUAGUCAAUUGUCGAUGGAGUGUUUUGAGACGGACUGUAUUUCACUGGACACGAAUGUUAAUGCUAAUUUUUAG